AUGGCGACCGCUGAGGAGACAGCAGCCACGACCGCGACCACGAAUGGCAUUUCACCAACACCGUCGCCUGCGCCAACGGAUCUCCCGCGUGUGCCCAUCCCGCCCCGCGGCGUCGACUACCGCGGCAAGCUGGUUCUGGCGCCCAUGGUGCGCUCGGGCGAGCUGCCCUCGCGCCUCCUCGCUCUCCAUUACGGCGCCGAUUUAGUAUGGGGCCCUGAAACGAUAGACCACGCCCUCAUCGGCGCCACGCGGCGCGUCAACCCGCGCACGGGCAUGAUCGAAUACACGCGGCAGCCGUCGCACUCGAACAGCCCGGCCUACGUCAACGCCAACGGCAACCCGGAAUCGGUCAUCUACCGGCUCGACCCGGUGCGCGAGAAGAACAAGCUGGUCUUCCAGCUGGGCACGUCCGACCCGGCGCGCGCGGUGGCCGCGGCGCGCUUCGUGGCGGCCGAUGUGGCGGGCAUCGACGUCAACGCGGGCUGCCCGAAGCCGUUCAGCGUGUCGGGCGGGAUGGGCGCGGCGCUGCUGCGCACACCGGAGAAGCUGGCGGGGAUCCUGGAGGCGCUGGCGCGCGAGAUCGCGCCGCAGUUCCAGAUCGGCAUCAGCGUCAAGAUCCGGCUGCUGGAGACGGCGGCCGAGACGGAGGCGCUCGUGUCGCGCCUGGUGCGCACGGGCAUCACGGGUCUGACGGUGCACUGCCGCACCACCCCGAUGCGCCCCCGCGAGCGGGCCAUCCGCGGCCAGCUGGCCAUGAUCGCGCGUGUCUGCCGCGAGGCUGGCGUCGCGUGCCUCAUGAACGGGGACGUGGAGUGCCGGGACCAGGCGGAGAAGCUCGUGAAGGAGUUCGGCACGGACGGGGCCAUGAUCGCGACCGCGGCGGAGAAGAACCCGAGCUGUUUCCGGACGGCGGAACAGGGCGGCCUGGCGAGCUGGCAGGAGACGGUGGAGAAGUAUUUGCGGUUUGCGAUGGAGGUGGAGAACAAGAUGGGGAACACCAAGUACCUGCUGACGCAGAUGGUUCCCGGGCGAGCGCCCGUGUACAAGCAGAUGCACCCGUGCAAGUCGUACAGCGACCUCGUGCAGCUGUUUGGGCAUGAUGAGCUGAAGGAGAUGGCCAGGGAGACGGAUAGGGUGCUGGGGCUGGGCGAGUUCGAGGUGAAGCCGGAGCCGAAGCAGAAGCAGAAAAACAAGCAGAAACAGGGCGGUGGCGACCAGGAGGCGUCUAAGAAGAGGAAGUGGGAGGAUGAGCAAGCGGAGGAGCAAUCUGCGAAGAGGGUAGCGGAGAUGCCCGAACCUGCGUCCGUCGCCGCGCCCGCUUCGGUUGCUGUGUAG